GGGAUGCAUGUUGUGGAGGACCUGACAGGAGUAGGUCGGGGGAUAACAACACGGAGCCAGGACUGGGAUGGCGGGAAUUAUCAAGAGGCAAAUCUUAAAACACUUGUCAAGGUUCACCAAGAACUUGUCUCCAGAGCAAAUAAACCUGAGUACUUUAAGGGGUGAGGGACACCUCUCAGACCUGCAGCUUGAUGAGGAGGCUAUCCAGAACAUGCUGGAUCUGCCCACAUGGCUGGCCAUCACACGCGUCUACUGUAACAGGGCUGCCAUCCGGAUACAAUGGACCAAGUUAAAAACUCAUCCCAUUUGCCUGAUCCUAGAUAGGGUGGAGGUUGAAAUGAAAACAUGUGAGGACCCUCGACCACCGAAUGGUGCAUCCCCCAUUGCUAUGGCAGCAGGAGGGAGUGAAUAUGGCUUUGCUGAGAAAGUGGUUGAAGGUAUGUUCUUAGAGGUUGGCUGUGUUAGCAUAAAGAUUGAAUCCCGCACUUUCCGAGCAUCUCUACAGCUUUGGCAACUUCAGAGUUAUAGUGUCAGCCCAAAUUGGCAGCAGAGUGACCUGCGCUUCACCCGCCUCACGCACCCUCAACGUGGAGAGCUUCUCACCUUUAAAGAAGUAAAUUGGCAGACCCUCCGUAUUGAGGCUGAUGCAUCUGAAAACUGUGAGAAUGCUCCCAGCACCCCAUUACGUCUUUUAACCAAUCGGGGACGACUGCUUGUGGCACUCAAAAGAAGGACUAAGGACUGUAUGGUUUUAUCUACCAAGUUGUCCCUCAUCCUUGAUGACCUUUUGUGGGUCCUCACAGACUCACAGCUGCGGGCCCUGCUGUCAUACACCAAGUCUCUAAGUGAAGCCGUCCAGAAAUCAGUGCAACAGAGGAAAGAGAGAGGAGUGAGUCAGACCCCUUCCUCUCCAACAGCUCCCCCUCCCUGGUCUCUCUCUCCUCCACCCCCAACCAGCAGCUCCAGCUUAGGUCAAUACUUUGAUAAGUUCGACGUAAAAGAGACCUCCUAUCAUGUGCUCAUCUCCAGGCUGGACCUGCAUGUCUGUGACGAGAGCCAGGCACGAGGAACAGUAUCAGGAGGAGCAAUUCACUUGACGUUCCGCAAAAUCACCCUCGAUUACUACCCCUCCCACAGAUCAGGGCAGAGCUGUACACACUGGCAUCGUGUGUCCCCUGCAAUGGGAUCAUUUGAGAAGUGGGCACAAGACCUGGCAGAAGAAAGAGAAAAAAAGGAGGAAGAGGAGGACUACAUAUUGGGAAGACUGCCUUCCCAGAAACAAGGCAGUGGGAAAUCCUCUUCUGCUCCUCUCUACUUCAGCUCUAUCCUGAUCCGAGUAGAUGAUUUGGAUAUAAAUCAGGUCUCAUCGUCCGGCGAGAUCCCUCAGAAGCCUCCCCUUAUUUCUUGUGGCCGACUUCCAGAUGCAUGCUCUGCCAUCCACUUGCAGUACGCAGAGUAUUACCGCCUCCCCGGUGACAGGCGCCCAGUGCCCUGCCCUGCCCUGUACAUCCAGCUACAUAGUUUGUUGCUUUCCCUAGCAUCUCCUUCCGUUAUCUGGUUGAAUCUAUUUCUGCUGGAUUUCUCACAACGCCUUCAACAGUUUACCAGUAUCACUUCUGCAGUAGGGGAUAGAGCAAAGGAGCACAGAGAUGUGCGUCUAGAUGGAUUCAACCUCAAGCUUCGAUUUCCCGUGCCCCUCCCUCCUUUCAGUCCAGCCAAUCGUCCCAACUCUGUGUGUGCUCAUCUCUCUUUAGUAACCAUUACAAACACACGGCAAGCCCCUGGAUCCUCCCUUCCGUUACUUCAAGAGACGUUCCGCUUGUUUGCUGCUCAUCAUUCCUUCCACUGGCCCCCAGGCCCCUUGCAUCCAGUCUUCCUUGCCCAUGCCUACCCCUCAUCAUCUCCUCCAGGGAAUGCUUUGUGGGCCAUGCACAGCCCAGGCUUGUCCCUGUAUUUUGAAGGUGGAACACCAAGGCACCAGGAAUUUAUGCACCCUGUACAGUUCACUGCCUGGGUCUGUCUGCUCAGCCCUGAUGAUCAAUUACAUGUGUUGUUUAGUGUAAAGGACCUAGCAAGACUGCAGCUAAACCACUACCAGUACCUCACACUUUUACGUGCCCAAGAGGAGCUACAAGCUCUGCUGGAGGGAUUUGAAAGCUUUGUACCAUCGCUUCCUAGUUCUACAGAGUCCUCUCCACACCCCACCCCCACAAUAGCCUGUGUUGGCUUCAUGGUUCCAGAAAUAAUUUUAACUCUGCUGCUCCCUCCUUCCACAUCCUCAGGCACCCCUCUUCGGCGGGGAGAAUCUGAGCAGAGCAGUUUGCUUGGAUCUGAAAUGACAGAAGGGGGCAUGGGAAGUGAAGGGGAAGUUCAUAGAUUGAGUCCUAUCGAUGGGGAAAGGCCACAAGACCCUCUGAAUGGGAAGAGAUUAGAUUACAAGUCUAAUCAAGAGGAUUCUGUACAGGACAAGACUCUGGUUCAUGAUUCCCAGCAAGGAAUGCUUCAGGUAAAGGAAAGCAGGCCUAACUCCUCACAUGAGGAUCUUACUUCGGAAGCUCUACAGGGAAAGGAGCCUAUGCAAGAUGUUUUGCAGGAGAUGGAACUUUUGCAUGGUUCUUCAGAAAAGAAGGGACAGACUCCAAUUGGCUUGCAAGGGAAGGAUCAGCCAAAAGAUGUGCUGCCAGAAAAGGAGGUGUUGCGAAAUGUUUCACAAGGAAAAGAUUUUGCACGUGACACUUUGCUUUCCACAUUUGGAUUGACACGAGAAACAAUUAACCUUGGAAGGGAGAGAAUGCAACGCUUCUUGAAAGACACAAAACCGAAAGAAAAUGACCCUCAUAACCGCAUCCAUGCAUCUCUCUCACGGACACCGUCUCAACAGUCUCUUGAUACUAUCUCUUUAGAGAGCUUUGAUGUUUUGUCCCUUGACAGUGAAACUAGCGAUGGCUUUGUAGUUCUAUUAGAUUCAGCUCUUUCAACUGGUUUAGAUCAAUCUGGAGAUGCUACUGGAUCUGGGGAAUCUGUGGUAGCUGAGCAAAAUGAUGCUUCCCAGAGUACAGAGGGACCAGAACCACAGCAGAUCCUGACGGUUGCACUUUACAACAUCAGCUCUGUUUCGCACCUACAAGGGAGCAAUCUCUGUACCACUGUCCAAGCCAUGGAUAUCAGUUUUGGUCCAAAGACUGAAAACAGCGAGGAUCCCCUAGAGGCAAUGUCACCUACCUCACCUACGUCUCCUACCUCUCCCCCUUCACCUCCACGUGUCCAUCUUCAGUUUGACAUAGGUCCUGUCGCUGCCCCUCUUUCACCCUUAGCCCAGCGCAAUGGAUUUUUGCAGUUAUGGAUUCAAAACUUAAGCUCAGAAAUCCCUGUUUCUUCCCUGACUCACCUUGGACCAUUUCUUGAGGAUGAACAGCCACCUGAAAUCAUCCCCAUCACCAUCGCGGUAGCUCAAAGCUGCAUUACACUCAGGGAUGAUGGUCCCCGUCUUUACCCUUCCCCAUUACCCCCUGAGCCAGUCACCUUCAGUCUGCAGAAUCUCAAGUUGCAUCGCAAAGAAGAUGGAAUCUUCUAUAUCUCAGGAGAUGAUGAGAGUAUUGUCUCACCUCUAAAAAAAGAAGGCACUGCAGUGGAAAUAUCACAAACCAAAGAGGAUUUGCAAAAAGAACUAUUCGCUGUUAAGGCUGAGCUAGAACAGCAGAGAAAACAGCAGCAGCGAAUCCUAAAGGAACUCCAGAAACACAACCCAAAUUUUCAGCUAUAACAUUGGAUGCUGGGGGCCGCUGUAAACCCAUCCCUAGAGCUUAAUUGCUCUGUAGCAGUAUUAGUGUGCGCGUUUACCAUUUUGUGUUCGGACAGUCUUCUCAUUUGAAAGAUAACAAUUUUCUAAAGAAUGUUACCUUUAGUGCCGGAAAGGAUAUUAUGAAGAAUGCCAUGAAAAAGCACCUGCCACUGAAGUAAGGUUUUCAAAUCUAUACAUUCAUCUCCAUGACAUUGAAUAAUUUGAAGUGAGAGUAUCCAACUACAGCCCUCGAGGACCUCAAAUAGACUUGGAUUUCAUGACCUCUCUGCUUCAGUUUGGGUCAUUUAAAAAAAAAGUAGAGUAAAUCAUAUUAACUAACCAACGUUCACAAAGAGGGUACCUGAAAAUCUAAUCUUUUUGCAACCCUUCAAAAAAUGGAGGUAGUCAUCCCUGGUUAGAGGCAGAAAACUUCUAACUGAGCACUACAACAUAUAUUGCAGUACAGAUUGGUGCUGAUAAUCUACUAUCUAUUUAAAUGCUGCUGUAUUUAAACUUGCCUCACCAAGACUUCUACUAGAUUUGAGAACCAGUGGUUUUAAGAGUGAAAACACCAUCUGGAAGAAGCAUUUUUGAUGACAUCCCACUGCUGACACCAUAACUUGUUGCCUAAUUAUAUUACAUGGCUCUUUCUGAGCACUUGCUGACUGUUUCAUAACUGACUGUUACAUAAUAUUUUGUACAGAAAAAAAUAUUUUAAUCCGUUUUAGUGAAAAAUUACAUUUAACCUGCUGUAAAAAAGUAUACAACAAAAUUUAAAGGUGUGUAUAUAUGUAUAUAAAAUUAUACACAGAAAUGUGUACGAAUAUACUAACUGCACAUGUAUUAGCAUUCAUGUUUAAUGAAAUAUUGUAUGUAUCAAAUGUAUGUAAGUGUUAAAAAAAAUAUAUAUAUAUAUAUAUAAUUUAUAUUUGUGAUAAAGCAAUUUUUCAUGCUGAGAGUGACAGCACAAUCAUUACUCCUCUGAUGGUGAAACUGCUUUACAUAAAAGGUCAAAAAGUAUUCAGGGUCUUCUUUUAAAGGGACAGCCUACUUUUAAAUUUUUAUGCAUCCCUUUUAUUACCCAUUGCCCAGUUUUGCAUAACCAACACCGUUUUAUUAUAUACUUUUUACAUCUGUUAUCACCUUGUAUCUAAGCCUCUGCAGACUACCCCCUUAUCUCAAUUCUUUUGACAAACUUACAUUUUAGCCAAUCAGUGCUGACUCAUUUAUAACUCAACAGGAGUGAGCACAAUGUUAUCUAUAUGGCACACAUGAACUAGCACUGUCUGACUAGCUGUUAAAAGCCACUAAAAUCCACUAGGGUAAGAGGUGGGCUGUAAUGGCUUAGAAGCAGGCAGAAAUUUAGUGGUAUACAGGUUAUAAAGUAUAUAAAUAUAAUAAUAUUGGUUGUGCAAAACUGGUAAAUGGGUAUUAAAGGUGUUAUCUAUUUAUUUAUUUUUAAACAAUAAAAUAAAUCCAGUAGACUGUCCCUUUAAUUAGACUGCUCUUCUCGUUCAGAUUUAAUUUUAUGCAUACAAGCUGGAAGGGUUUUUGGAGAGAGAAUAAAAAAACUCCCCAGUGUGCCAUCAGUCAUUUUGAGCAUGAUUAAACUAAUAUCAUAAGUAUAAAUCUUGUUUUAUGUUCUGUUCUAUGAUGACAGCACAUUUAUUACUCUUGGUUUCUUACUAAAGCAGAACGGUACUUAGAACUGACCAAAUUUCCAUUGAAUGCUUCUUGCACCAGCAAAAUUACUUUGAAUUGGAGAAUAGCAUGGAAGUGAGACUAUAUGACACUGAAGCCUCAUUAUACCUAGCCCACCUCUUGAAUCAUCCCUUUGGGGGGGAUUGGGGAUAUUGUUCACAAUCAUUUUCUGGAGUAAAAGUGCCAUUAUAGUGAAAAAAUGAUAUGCUGUCAUACGCUGGCUAGACUAUGUAAUUUUAUCACUAGCCAUCCCAUCAACAGCGCUAGUCACACAACCCAGCUGUGUAACAUGAGCUGCUGACCUGGGGCAGCGUCAAUUUCCGCUCAGGAUGCAAAAGUACAUUAACUAUGUGUUUAACCCCUUUUGCGGCAGUUAAAUACAUGGAGUUGCAGGGUCAAUAGUGAUGAAAUGACAUGCUCUAAUGAGUGACAACAUGAUUUGGGAAUUCCAGAAGAAAGGUUAAGGUGAGAUCAAAGAAAGAAACCGGCGCGAUUACCUUACUGUAAAUGGAUAACGUUCCCUGCAUGCUGUGUGGCCAAUUGAAAGAUUGCUGCUUUGUGUUAAAGGGACAUAAUCAAAGAUAUUUUCUCUUCCAUCUAAAAGUGAAUGUUUCCAAAUAUAUUCGUUUUUUUAUUUUUAAAUGGAUGUUCCAUUGCUGAAGAAAUAAACCAUUUCUAUGGUAGUUGUCCCUAUUAGUGAGCAGUGGAGAGCAAGGACUCGGUUGUUCCUGUUAGUUUCACUUUAAAUAUAAAAAGCUUUUACUUAAAGGGAAAUUAAAUUCAAAAUUAUAUUCCCCAAACCAUGUAAACUACAUUAUUAAAACACUUUUCUAUUUAUUUUUUUUGCCAGAUUUUCCUGUAAUUUAACUCCCGGCAGAGAAAUAGGAGUGCAUUCCAUUUAAUUCAAAACCCUGGGGCUUAUACGUGCUACACAGUGAUUGGCUGUGUUUAAGUUUGUUUAUAUCUGGCCCUAAUUGGCCUCAGUUAAGGAAGUAAGAUUUAAAAAAUAAAUAAAUGGGGUCUUGGGAUUACCAAACAAUGCAUAUUAUUCUAACAAAAUGACUAAUUUUAAAUGCAUUUAUUUUGUAUGCAGAUCUGUUGCAAUUUCAAGAAUAAUUUCUAAUGGAUAAAUAUAAAAUUGGCUAUAUUGUGACUUCCAUGUCAAUAUAACCUUUUGUCACACACAAACAUUUUUAUUAUGUUUGCUGCUUUUUCAUAUACAUGGCAGAAAAUGUUGUACAUAAUGUCCCUUUAAAUUCUGGGCCAAGAGUAACUUAAAGGGAUAGUCUAGGCCAAAAUAAACUUUCAUGAUUCAGAUAGGGCAUGUAAUUUUAAACAAUUUUCCAAUUUACUUUUAUCACCAAUUUUGCUUUGUUCUCUUGGUAUUGUUAGUUGAAAGCUUAACCUAGGAGGUUCAUAUGCUAAUUUCUUAGACCUUGAAGGCCACCUCUUUUCAGAAUGCAUUUUAAUAGUUUUUCACCACUAGAGGGUGUUAAUUUAUGUGUUUCAUAUAGAUAACACUGUGCUCGUGCACGUGAAGUUAUCUGGGAGCAGGCACUGAUUGGCUAAACUGCAAGUCUGUCAAAAGAACUGAAAUAAAGGGGCAGUUUGCAGAGGCUUAGAUACAAGAUAAUCACAGAGGUUAACAGUAUAUUAAUAUAACUGUGUUGGUUGUGCAAAACUGGGGAAUGGGUAAUAAAGGGAUUAUCUAUCUUUUAAAACAAUAAAAAUGCUGGUGUAGACUGUCCCUUUAACCUUUACUUACAUUAUAGCGGAAUAGUCAGGGGUUCACAAAUGACACAUGAAGCUGUAGGAAAAUCCCUGCCUAGUAAAUAUGUAUACACACUGGGCAUGAAUAAUAGUUGUAGAACCACAGUAUAUAUAAUAAAAGCUUUCUGACAUAUGAGUUGUAGCAAGGAAUUUUUCAGUAGGUAUGGACAUUGGCAUAUAAGAUGCUGGUUACAAGAAGAUUGUCUUUUUGCACGGUCUAUAUUUUCUAUGUUACAAAUAUUCUGAGAAAUAUUCCUGAUACAUAUCCGUUCCUACUCAUCCAAGAUGAUGAAAGCUUGUGUGUGCUCGUAGUCCAUCUAACUAGGGAUACCAAACCCAUUUUUUUUUCUUUAAAGAGCAUGCAAUUUUAAGCACUUUUCUAAUUUACUCCUAUUAUAACAUGUUCUUUGUUCUCUUUAUAUCUUUAUUUAAAAAGCAAGAAUGUUAGCUUAGGAGCCGGACCAUUUUUGGUUCAGAACCUGGGUUACACUUGCUUAUUGGUGGCUAAAUGUAGACACCAGUAAGCAAGCACUAUCCAGAGUGCUGAACCUAAAAUGGGCCGGCUCCUACGCUUUACAUUCCUGCUUUUUAAAUAAAGAUAGCAAGAGAAUGAAGAAAAAUUGAUAAUGGGAGUAAAUUAGAAAGGUGCUUAAAACUGCACGCUCUAUCUGAAUCUAUAUUAAAAAAAAAUUGGGUUUAGUAUCCCUUUAACACCAUAAAUGUGCAACGAGAUGUUUCCAUAUGUAACACACUAUUCUGCAACAGGGCAUAGUACAUAAAACUUUUAAAUUACUUACACACUUUCUGCCUUUUUCGUGUGAAACUGCUUAUUCAAUAGUAAUAAAUGUGCUUUCACAACAAUAUUAAAGGGACUUUGAACAGUAAAUGUUAGAUUUAAUUAUGUAUUCAAAACAAAGAUUAGUCUGAGAAUAAUGUAUAGAUGUAUUUUGUUUUUUAAAUUAUUUUAGUAAUUUAAAUAUUGAAGAAAUAAGUGUAAAAAUGAGUCUCAAUAUAGUCCCGGGUGCUGCCAUGUUGUAACCUAGGUCUAAGGUUUUUGCUUAUCUCCUUUGCUGAGGACAGUUAUUAAUAAGCUACCAGAGUAACAGUCUUAUAGUGUUUUAUGUCCCUUUAAAGACACAUGUCUAAUUGUUAUAGAUCUAUCUGUGCAAUUAUAUACAUCUACACACACCUAUCGCUCCAUGUGUAUGUGUGCAUAUAUGGAUUUUGCACUUAGACUGCAAGGAUGAAUUCACACAAAGGGUACUUCUCCCUAUGUUGGGGUGAGGGAACUUUGCAGUAUUCCAUUUCCACACAAAUACAUUAAGCACAUAAAAUUUUAUUGGUACUAAAACGUUUCUGUGAACCUCUUACUGAAAACUAAAUACGUUAUGUGUGUCUGAUUAAUGUGCAAUGGAAAAAGAUGUUGGACACUAAGGGAAGUAAAAAGCUUAACUAAUUAAAUGCUAACUGGUUGAAGAUGUAAAA